AUGUCGUUGUUUGGAAACACUGGAUCCACAUCGUUAUUUGGUAAUACUGGCGCAACUACACAGCCAAAUACAUCAUUAUUUGGUAAUACGGGAGCAACUGCACCGAAUACCUCUUUAUUUGGUGCUACAGGAGCAACCACACAACCAACAACAUCACUAUUUGGUAAUACUAGCUCAAAUACACAAUCAACUUCAUUGUUUGGAGGCACAACACAACCACAGCAAUCAACUUCAUUAUUUGGUGGUAGUUUAGGCUCGCAAGGAAGUCUAGGUAGUUUAGGUUCGCAAGGAAGUUUAGGUAGUUUGGGUUCGGCAAAUACAUUGGGUUCAGCAGGAAGCCUAAAUAGUUUAGGUAAUGCAUCAACAUCUUUAUUUGGCCAACCACAACAACAACAACAAUCGACAUCAUUAUUUGGUAGUACUGCUCAACCACAACAAAAUACAUCAUUAUUUGGCCAACCAACAAAUACAUUGCAACAGCAACAACAACAACAGCAACAACAACAACAACAGUUACAAUUACAGCAAUUACAAUUACAACAGCUACAAUUACAACAACAACAACAACAACAAAAAAAUAUGGUCGAACAAAGAUUAUAUGAUUUUAUGCAAGCAGUUUCACCAGAUUCCCCAACAUGUAAAUAUAUUUAUUGGUUUUAUAAUUUUAACCCAAAUGUAGAUCCAAAAACAAUCCCAAAACCUCCUAAUGUUUCAGCAGCAGAUUGGCAGAAUGCUUUAGAUAAUAAUCCAGAUCCAUCAAAAUUUAUACCGGUUGUAGCAAAAUCAUUUAACGAUUUAAAACAAAGAAGAGAACAACAACAAGAAAUUAUUAAACAAUUAGAUCAAAGAACCCAAGAAACAUUAAAAUCGAUGAGAGAUUUAGAAAAUCAAUUAAACUUUCAUGUUCACUCACAAUUAGAAAUGAUAAGAAAGAAACAAAUAGAAUUGAUUCAAAAAUAUACCGAAGUAUGGACCAGUUUAGAGAUUUAUCAAAGUAAAGGUAAACCAUUUGGUGUAUCAGAAGAAAGACUAAUGAAAAGAAUUCAAGAGAUUUACGAGGAAUUAAAACAACCAAAUUCAAUUAAAUCUAAAGUGGAUGAAAUCUCCAAUCAAUUAAAACUAGGUUCAAUGGAAAAAGAAAAAAUUAAAUAUGAAAUCACACCAGAAGCAAUCGAACCACUUUAUAACUUUUUAAAAAAUAUGACCAUUUCAAUCGAACGUAUUACAAAUGAAUUAGAAAUUGCAGUAAAAGAUUCUCAAACUUUAAAAAAUGAAUUGUUACAUUUAAAUAAAAAACAAUAA